UCCAAUGUCUAGUGUCUUUAUAAGAGGAAGGAAAUUUGGACACACACAGACACACACAGACACAGACACACAGAGAUACCACGCCUGUGAGGAUGGAGGCAGAGAGCAGAGGGUACCUGUACAAGAGGAAUGCAAACCUUGUGGGCUUCCAUCAGAAGUGGGGAGACAGGCAGUGUCAGCUUCUCCUGAAGAGCCUCCAGAUGAGCCAAUUCUGCUCACACCUUGAGUUUGGACAUCUGGCCUUGAGAACUGUGGAAGAAUAAUCCCUGUUGUUAGACUUGCAGUGAUUUAUUACAGCGACCUUAAGAAAUGAGUUCUCACUGCUGUACGAAAGCUGUCAUCACGUUCACAAUGGAGUCUCUGGUGGCAGCAAACACCAAGUUUUGUUUUGAUUUUUUCCAAGAAAUAAGCAAAAGUCACUGUCAUAAAAACGUCUUCUACAGCCCUCUGAGCCUGUCUGCUGCCAUCGCCAUGGUCCGCCUGGGGGCCAGGAGCGACAGCGCACAGCAGAUCGACCAGGUGCUGCACUUUAAUGAAUUUUCCCAGAAUGAGAGCGAAGAACAUGAUCCCUGUUUGAAAAGCAGAACGCAAGGAAUGUUGGCCGACAGCUCCCUGGAGGGGCAGAAAGCAGUGGCAGGGUCUCCAGUGGUGCAGGAAUCUUCAAACCCCGAGAGUGAACUGCUCAGUUGCCACUUCGGGCACCUUCUGUCCAAGUUAGACAGGAUGAGAGCCGACUGCACCCUGAGUAUUGCCAACAGGCUUUAUGGAGAGAAGCAGUUCCCCAUCUGCCCGGAGUACUCAGAAGGCGUGAUUCAAUUUUAUCACACGACGAUUGAAAGUGUUGACUUCCGGAAAGAAACUGAAAAAUCCAGACAAGCGAUUAACUUCUGGGUGGAAUCUCAGUCCCGAGGUAAAAUCAAGGAACUCUUCAGCAAGGACACGAUCACAGACGCCACGGUGCUGGUGCUGGUGAACGCGGUUUACUUCAAGGCCAAGUGGGAAAAAUACUUUGACAGCGAGAACACAGUCGAUGCGCCUUUCUUCCUCAGCGAGAAUGAAAGGAAGACCGUGAAGAUGAUGCAUCUGAAGGGCCCCUUCAGACUUGGCUUCAUAGAGGAGCUGAAGACCCAGAUUCUUGAGAUGAAGUACACUAGGGGCAGGCUCAGCAUGUUCAUCCUGCUGCCUUCUUGCUCUGAAGAUAAUCUGAAGGGCCUGGAGGAGCUUGAAAAGAAUAUCACUUAUGAGAAGAUAAUGUCCUGGAGCUGCCCAGAGAAUAUGUCAGAAGAAAGCGUGGCUGUCUCCUUCCCCCAGCUGACCCUGGAGGACAGCUACGACCUCAAUUCUAUUCUCCAGGACAUGGGCAUCACGGAUAUCUUUGAUGAAACGAAGGCGGAUCUUUCUGGAAUCUCUCCAAAUCCCAGCUUACACCUGUCAAAAGUUAUUCAUAAAACCUUUCUGGAGGUGGAUGAAAAUGGCUCUGAAGCAGUGGCCGCUAGUGGGGUUGAAGGGGAGACAAAGUCCUUGCCAUCCUGGGUGACAUUUAACGCCAAUCACCCUUUUCUCUUUUUCAUCAGACACAACAAAACCCAAACCAUUCUAUUCUAUGGCCGGGUCAUCUCUCCCUGAAGGGUGCACACAGUCUAGUAUCAGGAGCUGUAAGAAAGUGGCACUACACCCUCCCCUGGCACGACACGGCCACUUGUGUGUUUGCUGCUGUCAAAUGCUGACCCAAUUCCAUCACAGCCCUGCUCCCACCCCCCAGCCACUGGCCUGUGCUUGACCUGAUCUUUCUUUCACCCUGAAGUUGAUUUUCUUCUAAGUCCAUUAGUACUCAAGGGCCCUCCCUCCCUCUUUCAUCUUUCACCACCCUAAGCUUUCAAGGACAUAAAUGAGCCCCCUGUGACCUGAAGGUCAACAAAAUUGAGAAUGAUAUUGACUUUAUUUAAGUUCCUACCUCCUGAUGAAGGAAUGCUGAAUGGGGAAACUCAGAAAACACUUUGACAUGGUGGCAGGAGAAGGCAUUUACAUAGAGUGUGUUUUGGAAACUCAGUCCUAUUUCCAUAGCAGUUGAAAUCAUGGUGGUCACUGGGCAAGGUGUCCUGGCCCUCCUCUCACAUCUUCUUCCUCAAGGAAGACGUCCCGUGAGGUGCUCCUCACUCGGGACCCAGUAGGACAUGAGGGCAGAUGUGAGUGAUCGCUCAGGGGUGGAAGACUGCUCCAGCCAGCCCUCAUUUUGCACAGAGCAGGAGGUCAGUAUUUGUCUUGUGAAUCUGAGGUGGACCAGGGGCAGUGGCCAGUGGAUAUACAAGAGGUCAAUCGUCGUUUUCCUCAUUGAGUCUUCUAGGCCAUCAUCAUGAAGCAUGUCUCUCUGUCUCUUCCUCGUCCCCAUCCUCAGAGAAUUCUCACCUGUAGUUAUUCCUACAUCCCCAGCAUGGUGGGGUAGGGUGGGAAAGGCUGUCCUCACUGUGGGCCACUAAGCACCCCACUGUCUCCUCUCCUCUGAGCUCUGGCAACAUGGACAUGUCACAAGAGCAGGUCUGGGACUGGACCUGAUGCACACGGAGACCCUUGUCAGGAAGGCUGUUGGCUUCAUGUUAAAUUUCAAUGUCCCAAAAGCCCAACACCUGGGUGUUCAAGACUCUAGGGCCUGGGACUUCAUUGUCUGACACGUCAGUCUCAGUGCUUGGUGUCUGCCUUAGGCCACUGACAAGCCUCACUCAAGGCACUGGUCAUAUGUGUUCUGUGGAGGUGAAUUUCUGGUCUUGGUGAUGGCCCUGCUCUAUGACUGUCCUCCCAGCUCCACUCUAUGGCCAGGUAUAGCUCUGCCAACACUUUUUCUUGUAGGCAGAAGCAGGUUAACUUCACCUGCACCAUGCUGGUCCCUCACCUCUCCUCUACUUCCUGCCCCAAGAGACAAGUCCCCUUCUUCUUCCAGGCUUCUCAUUGUCAAAAUUUGUUUAUGGAAUAAAAAAUUUCUUGUUGGCAAUGUGAGGCAGUCUGAAGCAGCUCUUCCAAGUCCUUUACUCAGAACGCACCUCCCACAGGUCACGCUUAUCCCAGGUAAUCAAAUUUGUUGUCUCUGUUUUCAUUCCUUUUGGGGUCAGUGUUUAGAGGACUGAUUGCCUGCUGACCCAGUGUCAGUGCUGGGCUCUGAGCUGGAUGACCAUAACCCUGACACAGGGCUGCAUCAUCUGGCGUUGCUUGUGUCAUAUUCUUUUCCUUGAUAAAUGCAUUGGUGUUAAAAUGUUUCAGAAUUUUAAUCAUGAGGGGAGAUUAUUUCUGUUCAUAAUCAUGAGGAAAUGAUAUUCUCAAAUC